ACUGGCAAAUAGCUACUCUUGCUUUGCUGUUGGGUGGUGCUGCCAUCAUUCUCAUAGCUUUCCUGGUUGGGUUGAUCUCUAUCUGUGUGGGAUCUCGGAGGCGGUUCUACAGACCAGUUGCAGUCAUGCUCUUUGCUGCAGUUGUUCUUCAGGUGUGCAGCUUAGUCCUUUACCCAAUCAAGUUCAUCGAAACGGUCAGCUUGAAAAUAUACCAUGAGUUCAACUGGGGCUAUGGCCUGGCUUGGGGUGCAACUAUAUUUUCAUUUGGGGGUGCCAUUCUUUAUUGCCUGAACCCUAAAAACUAUGAAGACUAUUACUAGAAUCAUUUAAUGAAAAGAAAAAUAACAAAAGGAUUAUCCCAUCUUUUCUAACUCACAGUUUUUUUAGAACAGUCGUGGGGCACCAAACAGUCUGCUCUGUUGAUUAAAAUAGCCUUUGCCUUUUGGGUGUGAACACUAUAACCAGCUUUUACAACCAUUUAAAAGAACUGCAAACACUAGGAUUGCUGAUCUUACAUAGGCAGAUGCUGCAAGCUGCUGAUACAUAAGCUUCAUUUUUCCUGACAACAAGCAAAAGGAUCUACGUGACAGUGAUCAUUGUGAGAAGACUAGUUGGAAUGAGAAUGCAAUGCCAUCAUCUGCUAUUGCCUUCAGGGGAGCAGCUGGUAUAGGCUCCAUUUAGAAGUUUCCCUGUAUCAUAGAGGAUUCAAAUGUCUGAUAAGCAAGCAAUGGCAUCUUGUACAAUAGGCUGCGUUGACCCCUUGCUACUUGCUC